AUGAGUGCCAUCGCCAGCCUUGCGUCGCCGUCGCCGCCGGUGAAGUGCGGCCAGUUGAGGAUGAUCUCCACGGUGCCCCAGUUCGCCAAGUGGGCGCAGACGCCCGCCAUCACUGCGCAACUGCGGCGGUUCCGUCAGGCCGUGGCGGUUGGGUCGUUGUCGAGGCCGGAGCCGGAGCCGGACGGAGCUAGCAAUGGCAAGCUGCGACACCUACACGGAUGUGCUGGCCACCGCUCCGGCUUUUUCCAUAGGUACCUCAAACCACAGGCCAUGGCAAUAGCUGGACUGUCGUCCAUUGUUGGUCUUGGACUUUGGUGUAUGAGCAGCAACCUCCGCCCGUCAGAGGUUGAUUGGGUCAAAACUGGUGUUGUUUCUCCACUUGUGAGGACACAAAACGACUGUGAAUGUUGUUGGGCCAUGGCUGUUGUAGCCUCGGUCGAAGCCGCACACUAUCAAAACACCUCGCAGCUAAUCUCAUUGUCGGUUCAAGAACUCAUCGACUGUGAUACAGAGAGCAAUGGGUGUGAACGCGGUCACAAAGAGAAUGCCUUCGGGUAUAUACAAGACAAUGGGCUCUUGAGCGAAUCCGACUACCCAUACAUGGCUCGUAGGAGUAAAUCGGGCUGCUACCGGUACAAAACACAAGAAGCGGCAGCAAGGAUAUCAGGGUUUCGAUUUGUCGACGCAACGGAGGAUGCGCUCGAGAAAGCUGUAGCAAAGCAGCCCGUAGUUGUCUCUUUGCAAGGCUCUGAUGAAUUGGAAAACUAUAGUGGAGGCAUAAUGAAUUACAAAGCAGUCGAAGCCGGGACAGGGUGGACGCAUGCCAUCCUCAUUGUUGGUUACGGCACGGAUUCAGCCGGUGUCAAGUAUUGGUGCUUCAAGAACUCGUGGGGACCAGGCUGGGGCGAGGGAGGUUUUGGGAGGAUCCGCAGGCACGUUGACGAUGAGCGAGGGGCGUUGGGUAUUUUCAUGAAACCAGGAGUACAUCCGGUCCUUGAGAACUGA